CGCAAGUUUGACAGUUGGCGCGGAGGGCGCCGGUGAGGAAGGAGGGUCCUUACGCCGCUGCGCGAUUCGCGUCCCCUCCCCAACGCCCGCCGGGGACCCAAAGCCGCCUCACACGUCCCGAGGGGAUCCCAGCCCCCGUGUCUGCCCGCCCGGGGCCACCUAGCCCGCCUGCUUCGCCUCCUUUGGCCGCCGCCGUCAUGUCUCGGGGUCCCGAAGAGGUCAACAAGCUGACCGAGAGCACCUAUAAGAAUGUUAUGGAACAAUUCAAUCCAGGGCUGCGGAAUUUAAUUAAUCUGGGGAAAAACUAUGAAAAAGCCGUUAACGGUAUGGUCCUUGCUGGAAGAGCUUACUAUGACGGCAUUGCCAAAAUAGGCGAUAUUGCUGUGGCAUCACCUGUCUCUAAAGAGUUGGGGCAUGUCCUUAUUGAGAUUUCCAUUGCUCAAAAGAAACUCAACGACAAGCUAGAAGAAAACUUCAAGAAAUUCCAUAAAGAAAUUAUAUCAGAGCUGGAGAAGAAAACCGAACUAGAUGUAAAAUAUAUGAACGCUACCCUGAAGAGGUACCAGAACGAACACCGAAGCAAAUUGGAUUCCUUGGAAAAAUCUCAGGCCGAGCUGAAAAAAAUCAGGCGGAAAAGCCAAGGGGGACGAAACGCUGUCAAGUACGAACAUAGAGAAUUUGAGUAUUUGGAAACCGUGAGCUCCCGACAGAGCGAUAUUCAAAGAUUCAUUGCGGAGGGUUGCAGAGAGGCCUUACUUGAAGAGAAGAAAAGAUUUUGCUUCCUGGUUGACAAGCACUGCAGUUUUGCGCAACGCCUCUUCCAUUACCACGUGGAGUGCUCGGAGAUACUUAGCCACAAGAUGCCGGGGUGGUUGGCAACCUGCAGCGAUGCAACCAAAGUUCCGCCGACUGUCAUGAACAUGAUCGAAGAGAUCAAGACACCGGGAUCCCUUUCGAUAGCGGGGACUCCCCUGCCUUCUCCGAUGAUCGAGAGGCGUAACCUGGUGAGACCCCCACUUCCGCUUCUAUUUCACCUUCGGAGCCGAGUUUAGGGAAAAGAGAGAUGU